UUUCUUUUUUAGGUUGGUAGAUAUUACUUAUCAUUUGUCUUCUUGUGCAGUUAUGGGUUUGAAGGAGGCGCUGCGGUUGAAGUCCUUUGAUUCGAAGGAGCUGGAUGUUCGUGCUACCAAGACUCCGAAGGGUGAUACUCCGUAUUUGCAGCUUGUGCAACAGAAUCUUUAUCCAAUUCGUGAGCCGGAGGCUCCUGGUGGUCAAGGUGUUUCAGGUUCGGCCCCUAUUGUGUCGCCAGCUGCUCAAGUCCAGGCGAUGGUUACGGCGGAUGAUACUGGGGGUCGGAAAGCUGGUUCGUCGAUGACGAAGGGUUCCGGUUCUAAAAUUAUUAUCGAGGAUGAGGGGGUCCAUCUUUCUGUCGGAGAUACCGAGACGCAUGCUAGUGGGGAGAAAGGAGGUAAUGAUCGGAACGAAGAUGAGGACGUCGGGGAAGAUGGUGAAGACGGAGGUGAACAGCCUCAGAUUGUUUUGAAGAGAAAACGGGCUGCUCCCACUAAAACUGACCCAAAAGCCAGGCAGCCGAAAAGGACGAAGGCAGAUUUUAAAACAAUUACACUCGACGAUGACGACCAAGUUACCGAAUUCUAUACUGCUGGAGGUGUACUAGCAAACUUGGAUGCUCAUCUCCAUGAGGGCCGCACCCCGCGGGAUCAUCCGCUGCAAACUCCUGUGAGCCCGUUGUCUUUUGGUAAGGGGGGUGUUAAGGUUGUUACGGACUUGCGCACGUCCGACCCCAAGAAAAUUGUGCUUUCUCCUUCGGGUAAGUUUACUACGGGAGUUGCAUCUAAUGUGUCUAGGCCAAGCUCUUCGCCGCUUGAUGGUGGGGACAGUGCUUCUUCCUCCCCUCUAUGGUAUGACACUGAGGCUGUGUUCUUGUCUCGGGAAUUAGGUUCAGGCGAUUUUGAAGGUGCGGAUGCGGCUCAUGCUUUGGAGAAGUAUGUGCCGGAAUGGUCGCUGGUGAAUAAAGACAGGAUCGUGGAUGCCCUUUCGGCCAAGAUGUCUUUGUUUCAUUUAGGAACUCCUGCAGAACAUUCCCAUUACCGCAAGAUGAGUGGACCGGAGCUUGGAAACACCUUGAUGCUGAAUCAAGCUCAGUCGAACUCUCUGGUGGUGGAGACGUACAAACGUUGGGUCGAGUCGGAGUCAUUGUGCCACAAGCUUAAACGUGAGAUUGCUCAUUUGAAAGGCGAGGGUGAUGUUCGAUCUAAAACGAAACAGGAGCUAGUUUCCCUGCGAUCCCAAGUUGACCGGCUGAAAGGGCAGGUAUCGGAAGCCAAAGAAGUUACCAAGUCUUCUCAAGCUUCGGCCGCUGCGGCCCAUGAGGCUCGUGACAAAGCUCUUCAAGAUUUGGAGACUUCUAAGUCGAAACUUGCUGAUUUGGAGAAAAAAUUAACCGGAGUAGAGAUGAAGCAUGCCGCCGAGCUGAAGGAGAUGCAGACGUCUCACGAUCAGCUUCUGGCUGAUUACCAUCGCUUGGUUGAUGCUAAAGACGAAAUAGAGAGAUCUCGUGACAGGGAGAUCGAGUCGCAUAAGACAACGAUUGAUGAAGCAAGAGGGAUGUUGAUUCGGUGCGAGCGUGAUAUGAUUGAGGCAUACGCGCAAUUAUCGGAGCUCAAACUCACUAAGCAGUGGUUUUUGACCGAGGGGGUUGCGUGGGUUGUGAAGUUGGUGCAUCAAAGCCCUGAAUUGGAGAAGGUGGUUGCUGACCUGGUCAACAGUGUCAACGCGGUUGGGGCGAAUGAAGGGAUAAAACAGGGUUUUAAAGCCGCGCAGGAUCUGGUUGGUUCUGCGGAGGAGGUUCCAGGUUAUGAUGCCGGAGCUCAGAGUGCCCUGGACGCUGCGGUGAAAGCUUUUGAUGAGCUUAAUAUCUCCGUUCUUGACAAGGUAGCUGAUUUGAUAGACGAGCCCCUACCUGUUAUUCAACAAAGAAGCAAACUUCCCAUUGUCGGGGAUGAUGAUAAUAUAGUUCAAGUUUAAUGUUUUUUCUUUGUAAUCGUACAAUGUGUUCCGUUGGUAUGCUUUGCUUGAAACAGUUUUAAUUGCACAACGAAUAUACAUGACUGUUUUUGUGUUAA